CUGCGGGAGGGUCUUCUUGGGGCCGCCUUGCCCCGCCCCAGUCCCGCAGCUGUGCUGCUUCCAGCGGCUGCUCCGCAGGCCUGGGUGCCCCGGGCAUGAACGGGGUGUGGGGAGACGGGGGGCCUCGGUGCCAGGCGGCGCUCGCGGUCCUGGCCUCACUGUGCCGGGCCCGGCCGCCUCCUCUUGGGCUGAACGUGGAGACUUGUAGGAGCUUCGAGCUGCAGCUCCCAGAGCGGAGUCCGAGCGCGGCCGCCACAGCUGUGCUGGAUGCCCUGGAGGAACAAGGAGGCCUCCAGUCCCUCUUCUGCUAAUCCCCCCUUGGAGGCCCUCCAGAGCCCCAGCUCCAGAGGCAACAUGGCAGACAAGCUGAAGGACCCCAGCACCCUGGGUUUCCUGGAGGCGGCUGUGAAGAUCAGCCACACGUCUCCAGAUAUCCCGGCUGAGGUGCAGAUGUCGGUCAAGGAGCACAUCAUGCGUCACACGCGGCUGCAGCGACAAACCACAGAGCCUGCAUCCUCCACCAGGCACUCAUCCUUCAAGCGCCACCUGCCCCGGCAGAUGCAUGUCUCCAGUGUAGACUACGGCAAUGAGCUGCCACCAGCGGCAGAGCAGCCCACCAGCAUUGGCCGCAUCAAGCCCGAGCUCUAUAAGCAGAAGUCAGUGGAUGGGGACGAUGCCAAGUCUGAGGCUGCCAAGAGCUGCGGGAAAAUCAACUUCAGCUUACGCUAUGACUAUGAGAGUGAGACCCUGAUUGUGCGCAUCCUGAAGGCCUUUGACCUCCCUGCCAAGGACUUUUGUGGAAGCUCUGACCCCUACGUCAAGAUCUACCUCCUGCCUGACCGCAAAUGCAAGCUGCAGACCCGGGUGCACCGCAAGACCCUGAACCCUACCUUUGAUGAGAACUUCCACUUCCCUGUGCCCUACGAGGAGCUGGCCGACCGCAAGCUGCAUCUCAGUGUCUUUGACUUCGACCGCUUCUCCCGCCAUGACAUGAUUGGGGAGGUCAUCCUGGACAACCUCUUUGAGGCCUCUGACCUGUCCCGGGAAACCUCCAUCUGGAAGGACAUCCAAUAUGCAACAAGUGAAAGUGUGGACCUGGGAGAGAUCAUGUUCUCCCUCUGCUACCUGCCCACGGCAGGCAGGCUCACCCUCACAGUGAUCAAAUGCCGGAACCUCAAGGCGAUGGACAUCACAGGCUAUUCAGAUCCAUACGUCAAAGUGUCCCUGCUCUGUGAUGGGCGGAGGCUGAAGAAGAAGAAGACAACCAUAAAGAAGAAUACUCUCAAUCCUGUCUACAACGAGGCCAUCAUCUUUGACAUUCCCCCAGAAAACAUGGAUCAAGUCAGCCUGCUCAUCUCGGUUAUGGAUUAUGAUCGCGUGGGCCAUAAUGAGAUCAUAGGAGUCUGUCGUGUGGGGAUCAAUGCUGAAGGCCUGGGCAGGGACCACUGGAAUGAAAUGCUGGCAUAUCCACGGAAGCCCAUCGCACACUGGCACUCCUUGGCGGAGGUAAAGAAAUCCUUCAAAGAGUGGCAGGGCCGAGCUGCCAGCUUCGACAGUGAGAGCUCGUGCCCAUCUCCGAAACCACCGCCGACACCGUGAGCUGCACAGCCGAGCCACACAAACGGGACUCAGCAGUGUUCUUUUCGCACUUCUUCAGCCGUCUAAACGCAGUGUUGUGCAGUCGCCGUGGCAGCGGCAGCAGCCGCCCGUCACUCCAGAGUCUUCACUGCUCCUGUGUUGGUCAAGGCCAAGACACUUGUCGUGUGGUCAGCUCUGUCUUAGUAUUUUCUGUCUCCCAAGGUGAUGUUUUUGUGGUUUUCACUUUUUACGGGUCUACUGUCAAGAAAAGAAAAAAAAAAAAAAAAAAAGAGUAUGAGAAAUAAAGGGUGGAGAGCCCAGAAACUGGUUCUAUAAAAUACAGUGUAAAAUAGCCGUCUUGAGGGGAGAGGUGGAUUGAGUUUCUGAGAUCGUGUGUCUCCACCAAGCUCUGCAACCCCGAAGGAGGAGGAAGUGGGGUAGAGCUACCUCUGCAUUUUCAGUGCCCUGCAGGAGUGGUGCAAAUCAGUCCAGCCGUUAGGAGACUAUCACUACUCUUUAAAGCUCUUCACUGGUUGACAGAGACCAAGGUGCAGACUCCUGGUCCUGUGCUGAAAUCACAUGACCUCUGACGUGUUCCCGAACCUUCUGCUGGUGUGCUGGGUGGGUUCUUCACUCUCCUUCCUUGCUGACUUUCCUCAUGAACUGAAAACGUCUUGAUUCCUCAUGGGAACUUAGUCCCUUUCUUUAGGAAUGAUUCUGCUAAAACUAAACAUGCCAUAUGUUUUCUGAUGCACCCCAGUUAAUGAUCACAUUUGUUUGAAAACAGGAUCUUUGUUCUCGAAAAUAACCUUCAUUGUAAAGAAUGAGAGGCACAUAUGUUCCGGAAUGAUUGCUGUGUUAUACGUAGCUUUAUAAUUUCAUGAAGUAUCAAGCAGCUGUUUAAAAUGCGUAAACGGAUCAAAGAAAAACCUAGAUAAGAUGUUCUUUUCUGAAUGGGGAGUUUUGAAAUCUGAGUAAGUUUGAGUCCAUCUUUCUAUGAAGAGUAUCCUCUUGAUUGAAACAAAGUCAGCUUGUCUGUUUCAGCUCCAAUGACUUUGGGACAAUAUUCAUCUUAAACUUUAGUUCUUUAAUUACUAAGUACCUCAGUGUUGUUUCAGUGGUAGUGAGAGGUUUUGUUUUGUUCUGUUUCCUUUAGAUCUCUACCUGAAGCCAAAUUCAGUUUAGGAAAAAAAAUGUUUGAACUGUUCUGUAUUGUAAUAGCACAUUUCUGUUGAGUAAUUAGUGGCUUUCCCAUUGAUCCCUAAAACUAGGUUGAUUUACUCCAUCUCAAUGUGGAUAGCUCUGGGGAGCACAUGGAGAUGAGUUUCCACUUCAGCUUGUGACUACACAAUGCCAAUUUCCAGAACUGUGUGUAUAACUUAAAAGAGGCAAGUCUGCUGAAGACCCCCUUCUUUCAACAAUGGAAGGUCAAGGACCGAAAAGCUAUUCACACACUUUGUGUCUUAUUCUUUACGUAUGUCACAUGCUUUAGGAGCAGCAACUCAAUAAAGUAACCAUGAUUUUAAACCAAUA